AUGCGCAAUCUACAGUGGGUGCUUCAGGUGGUUGAGCUAUAUCUGAAGACCUCAAAGCGACAUCCUGAAGUCCGCGCAGCAUACGAACGGUGGUUCAAGUCCUACGAUUAUCAGCCUUCCAUCGCCUUCUUGACGAAGCAGCUCUACAGGUUCAUCACUGCAUUCCUCACCAGAGCGAUCUCUGAGAUGGACACGGACCAAGAGCCCAUAGACGAGGUGAAUCUAUACAUCGCCGACAUCUUCCGAGCAUCUAAUUCCCAGCAGUCCAGCACCAUCGCCGACUGUAUCACCAGUAAGGAGUGGGGAAACAUCAACUUCUAUGACGGCGUUCGAGGAUUGCCACUGUCGACAUUGCGCAGUUUCCAUGAGAUCCGCAGCCAGCACGCGAACGACCAAAAAUCUGCUGAGAAUGCGGCUUUUGAGUCUCAGGACUCCACGUUGUUACAUGAACUCGUACAUCUGGUUAGCUACUUCUGUUUCGACGAGUUUCUCGCUGUUAGUGGGUUGGAUCGAGCCAGUCUCCCUCAUGGCCUACGGGACGAACAUAUGAUCGGAGAUACAAACCUGUCGUCCAUCGCUACACCUUGGGAAAUAGCAGAGGUACGUGAGUUUGAAGACGACAGAGCGUACGGCAUCACAAAAUGUGAGCAUCUGGCAAAACUGCGUCACGGAGCACUGGGUGCUCUGCUCAAUGCAGAAUCUUACGAGCAUUUCGCCAAUCAGAUAGCUUUCGAGCAUCUUGGUGGGAUCUUCAACAGUCCAGCCAAUGCAAAGACCAGGCAACGCGAAAUGGCAGGCGUCGUAAUCACUCCUCCCUCCCCAAAGAUCCGACCAGUGACAAGAUGGUGGGCGCCGCCAGAUGUGCCGCCAUGGAAGGGGUCAGUGGCACUUCCGUCGCGUCACCAUUCCAGCAUGCAGACCUUUGGGCUAGUCCAGCUCGCAGGUGAUGGUCUACUCCCUACACUGCGGCUCGAGUCUUGUGCCUUGGUAUGGGACACAUGCGAUAACAUGAUGCGGAUCGAGGUUCGCACCGAACAUAUCUUCUCUUUUAUGGGUCCGUGGCACGUCGAUGACAUAUCCAGCGUUGGUUACAGCACGCGAACCAGUCCCCUGGCAGAGAUCAAGUUCCGGCCUUGCGCUCUGGAACAUAUCAAGUUUGAGUUGGAGAGCCGCACAGUUCUCAACGACUUCGUCAUGGCACUGAAGGGCUUAGAUUCCUUACGGAUAUCAAAGGAGGGCCUGUUGUCAACCAAAGGCUUGAGAUUAGCGGCAGCUCAAAUAUGUCAAGAAAUUCGACAUUCUCAGACUGCUCUCGCCUCAUUUCGACCAUCAUGGAUCAUCGGACCAGUUGAGAACAUGAGCACAGGUAUGGCGGGGGAUCCGACGAAAGGCUUGCGCCCCUCGGGCCCUGAGUAUCAGGAUUCUCAAGACAAUACCGAAGCCAAGGAGCCAGAUCCUGAUGACGAUGGUGAUGUCUUUUACGACGCUCGAGAACACAACGACAGCAUCGAUUAUGAGAUGACAGAAGAUGGGAUACAACUAGAAGCCAUAUCAUCAACGUGA